AUGAUUCGAUCUCUAGCUGCGCUUGCGGGCGCCCUGGUCUUACAGGCGACUUCACCAGUCUUCGCCAAGCCUAUGCUUCUGGAGUCUGCGAGGAUUCUCGAAAGAACGGAACAAGUCAAGGACUCAUACGACUAUGUCAUCGUUGGAGCAGGGACAGCGGGGUUGACAGUUGCCGACAGGCUGAGUGAAGACGGACAAUACUCUGUACUGGUCAUCGAGUAUUGCCACCUGAUAUCGGAUGAGGUUAUCGAAGCUGGCCGCGGCCGAAACUUCAAUGACCCCGGGAUUCAAUACAAUAUCAGCUCCGUUCCCCAGCCGGAGAUGAACAACAGAACACAAUUCGUCUGGAUAGGCUGCUGUGUGGGCGGUAGCUCCGCCAUCAACGGCAUGGUCAUGGUACGAGGGACCAAGAUUGAGUAUGAUGGCUGGGCGGAAUUAGGAGGGCCCGAUUCGACGUGGAACUGGGACGGCAUCCUGCCCUACUUCAAGAAGGCCGUUCAUUUCACGCCCCCUGAUGAGGAGCUCGCCGAUGUCUUCAACAUCACAUGGGACCCGACUGCUUGGGGCAUGGAGGAGAGCACCAAGAUCUUCGCUUCGUUCCCCGAGUAUCAGAACCCGACAUUGAUCCCUACAUACCAAGCGGUGAAGAAGAUGCCGAGGAUGGACGUACCUCUCGAUGGCGCAGGAGGCGACAACGGGCUCUUCUGGUUCCCAUCCUCAAUCGACCCGAAAACGUACCGAAGAUCGUACUCAAGAACCGGCCACUACGACAGCAUUGAAAGACCAAAUUUCGAGGUCAUCACUCGCCACAAAGUCCGGAAAAUUGUCUUCGAUGGAACCACGGCAACUGGGGUAGAGUUCUUUUCCCGCGAUGGUGACGGGCAGUCCAUUACCGUCAAAGCGAACAAGGAGGUCAUUAUCGCCGCCGGCGCGGUACACACUCCACAAGUCCUCCAACUGAGUGGUAUCGGACCGAAGGCCCUUCUCGAAGAAGCUCGGAUCCCGGUCCUGCUUGACAUUCCCGGCGUGGGCCAGAACUUCCAAGACCAUGCGUACCUCAGCGUGGGAUACGAAUGGGGCAACGGCAGUCCCAAAGGACCGGAAGUCCCUGCGAACGGCGACCCAUGGAGUGUCGCUGCCCCGAACCUGGGCGCCUGGAUCGGCCUGCCGACAAUGACUGAGAACUUCGAGGACAUCGCGGCACGAUAUGAGGCGCAGGAUCCGGCCGAGUUCUUGCCGGAGAACACCCACCCGACCGUGAUCGCUGGCUAUGCCGAGUUCCAAAAGCUACACGCCAAGUUGCUCCGAAGCAAGAACACCAACAUGAUGUGGCUUCCGCUGAUGGGCGGCGCUGGCGGUAUCGUCAUGAGCAUGCACGUCGUCAGCCACGGCACCAUCAACAUCGAUCCCGCAAAUCCGGAAGCCGAGCCGAUCGUGGACUACCGCGCGCUGAGCAACCCGACGGAUAUGGAUAUCAUGGUUGAGGUCAUCGAGUUCAUGCGCAAGUACAUGGCGAGCCCGGACUUUAAGCAGUACGAGCCGAGGGAGACGUCACCGGGGAAGAACGUGACGGGUGAAGCGCUGAGGAGCUGGAUUCGGGAGCAGUAUAUACCGACAAACUUUCAUCCGAUCGCGACGGCGGCGAAGAAGCCUCUGGAGAUGGGAGGCGUCGUCGGAGAAGAUCUGGUGGUGCACGGAACGCGGAAGCUCAGUGUCGUUGACGGGAGCAUCAUGCCAUUGCUGCCCGGAGCGAAUACGCAGCAGACGGUGUAUAUGCUGGCCGAGAAGGCGGUUGAUUUGAUCAAGGCUAGGCAAUGA